AUGGGUGCCUUAAACUAUCUUUCUAACUUGUGCACUAUCACCGACAACAUGAAAAGCAAAAGGAAAUCAAUGCAGACAGUGGAGAUCAAAGUCAAAAUGGAUUGUGAUGGAUGUGAAAGAAAGGUCAAGAAUGCCGCUAAAAACAUCAGAGGUGUGAAAACUGUGGAAGUAAACAGAAAGAUGAACCAAUUAAAAGUGAGUGGUCACGUUGAUCCACAGAAAGUCUUAAAGAGAGUUGUGAAGAAAACAGGGAAAAGGGCUGAGUUUUGGCCUUACAUACCAUUCAACAGAGUUCAAACUCCUCAUUUAUCCCAAGUUUAUGACAAGAAGGCUCCCGCUGGAUACGUCAAAAAUGUUCAAACUGUAAUUGCUACAGCAAAUGCUACUGAGGAGACACUCACAAAUCUAUUCAGUGACGAUAAUAUUAACGCUUGUUCGAUUAUGUGAAGGUUUUUUCUUCUUUUUUUUUUUUAUUUGAAUUUGGAUCCUGCGGAAACUUAAUUAUACGAGUUUUAUGUUGAUUAGUUCCUUUAGGUUGAGAAAUUAAUGAGUUGAUUUUGCGAGAGAAUGGUGAUGUACUGCUUCUGCUUCUAAUGGGGAUGAGAUUGCAUUGACUUUGGACGAGAAUGGUGAUGUAGUACUUCGCUCCAAAAUAAAUA